UCUCACAUAUUGCUUAGCAGAGCUCCAGCACAGAGUAAUCCAGCUGUCAGUGCGAGUGAGUGAGGUAGGAGAAAGCGGAGCGUGUCGGCAGUGUGCACUCCUAGUGGGUCCCACAAGGCCGGAGCUGGACUAAAAGAUAUAAGAGCAGCAUUUGGAAAGAACUGAGGAAACGUACGCACGCAUCUUCAAGAACAACUGGGAAGGAAAAGUCGGACAAGAUUUAAAAAAACAAACAAACACUUGAGAGCAAUGCGCUGGCAGCAUGGCCAAAUGGUUCAAGGAGCACCUAGGAUUCAAAAGCACCAAAGCGCCCCCUCCUGCUCCCCCGAAACCGGAUUACAGACACUGCCACCCGGCAGCGCCCGGCACGCCCGCAUACCAUCAACAACAGCUCAGCGUUGGGGCUACUGCCCUGUACAUGAGAGCCGCGCAGCCAGAUAUUCUCGCCGCCUACAAGCUUCAGAAGGAGCGGGACUUCGAGGACCCUUAUACAGGCAGCGGCUCGUUUCCUGGACGCUCGGGUUCCCCCGGAUCACCAGAUACCAAAUAUGUUUCUCCCAAGCACCGGCUUAUCAAGGUGGAAUCAAUCGAGAAAUGCAACCCACACCCUGCCAGUGCCAACAGCUCAGCACCCGCUGCUUCCGCUGGGAAUGUAAAAUCGCCCACUUCACCUCCUGCAGAACAGGAACACAAACACGAAAAGCCUGUUAUCCUAGAGGACUAUGCCGACCCCUUUGAUGCCAAACAGACCUGUGGGACCCAGACGGCUCCAGAGAAAGUGACGGAAAAUGAUGGCUACAUGGAGCCUUAUGAGGCCCAGAAAAUGAUGGCUGAAAUACGUGGGGGGCGAGGUGCGAAGGAAGGACUGACAAAGCCACUGCACCUCUACGACACCCCCUAUGAGCCGAUGGAAAACGGGAACGACUCAGACCAAGAGCGAGGGGGGAGCCUCCCCUCCAGGGAGAGCCGUCUGCCCCAGGAUGAUGAGCGGCCCCCUGAAGAGUACGACCAGCCCUGGGAGUGGAAGAAGGAGCGCAUUUCCAAGGCAUUUGCAGUAGAGAUUAAAGUGAUCAAGGACCUGCCCUGGCCCCCUCCAGUGGGCCAGCUCAAUAGCAGCCCCCCCACAGAGGAGGGAGGGGAAGCCUCCUCACUGCCAGAGACCCCCCCGGUACCCUCUUGCCAGACUGCUUCCGAAGAACAUAACGUCCAGUUUGAUGGUGCUGAGAAAUCGCAUAUGUCACCCACCAAGGAGGGCAAGGCACGCCCCCCCCAGCGCCACUCAAGUGGGAGCUUGUCAGGCGUGAAGCUUGGCUCCCUAGAACACAGCACCUCCCUGGGGGAGAGGAUUGAUCCUACCCUGCCCCUCGAGAACCAGUUCUGGUACCACGGCACCAUCAGCAGGACGGACGCAGAGAACCUCUUGCGUCUGUGCAAAGAAGCCAGCUACCUGGUGAGGAACAGCGAGACCAGCAAGAACGACUACUCGCUCUCACUUAAGAGUAGCCAGGGCUUCAUGCAUAUGAAACUUUCCCGUACCAAAGAGAACAAGUACAUCCUGGGCCAGAACAGUUCUCCCUUCAACAGCGUGCCAGAGGUCAUCCACUUCUACACUAGCCGCAAGCUGCCCAUCAAAGGGGCAGAGCACAUGUCUCUGCUCUACCCUGUUGCCAUCAGGACGCUGUAGUGUAGCCACUGGGAGCAGCACUGGACAGAGAGAAAAUCUGCCACCAGUGCCUCCUCCCAACAUCACAAAGGUCAUCUCAUCUAGGACUUUAGAUCUGCAGAGUGGAUGCGAAUGUGUGCGUGUAAGUGUGUGCAUAAAUUAUUAUUAAUAGAAUUAAGCGCUAGGCUAUUGGAAUUCCGGUUGUUUCUAAAAUCCGGUGAGUUAAUAGUAGAACUUGGGGGUGGCUUCUGUUUCAGUCCCAUCAUUGCAUGUAAUCCUCUUGAAUCGCCAGUAGGAGCUGCUGUGCAUUCUAUGGUUCAGUGACCUGUCUAUUUUAUAUGUAUUAAUGAGACCCUCUUUGUUUAACACUGUCGUUCUUUGAUAUCAGCUGUUAGUAUUUCUGAACAAGUCUGCAAGGUCUAAAAAGAAGCCCCCCAAGGAUGUCUGUCACUGCAGGUACUAUUCCCCAUCUGCGCAGUGACUAAAGAAGAUCCCAGAAUAGCCUGUGCCGCAAUAAAAGCCUUCCUUGGGCUAAUGGUCUGAUCCCCAAAUUAAAUCCUGGUUUGUUUAAGAAGUCCUCGAUACACUGUUGUAAGCAGCCUGCUAUUUCGUGAUCUCCCUUGUAGUUUAAUUUUAUUAUUUUAUUAUGAAGUUAUAAAAAGCUCCCCAGCUCAUUAUGACUUAAACUGUGUUUCCACUGCUCAGCCUUACUGUGCUCUGCACACACACCCCUGUAGACCACCAAAAAACUUCUUAUGGAACUCAAAAAAGUUCAAGAUCAAAGCUGAUCGAUAGAGUUUAGCCAUUUUAGAUAGUUACACACACUGUAGACCCCCCCCAAUAAGUUCUGCUUAUGUGUGUGUCCAGUCAAAUGGUAAUGAAAUUGGGCAUAUUUUUGAUUUGCUUUGAGGUCACAUUUAUGUCAGAGUUUACAUUUCUCAGGAUGGAUUUCCAAGGGUUUGGCUUGUGUGUAGACUGUUUUUAUUUUUCCGUAAGGGGGCUGCUACACUUCGUAUGAAUUUCUCUCCUAAAUGACAUUGGGGCUGUGGUAUAAUUUUAAAAAGCAAGUGAUCAGACAGACAGUGUUGCUGUGGUACUGUGUUGUUGGACAUACUAAUAGAUAACCACCCUCUGGUACUGUAAACUGUAAUUGGGGACAGCCCAUGGUUCUGAAGAUACAACUUGUUAUGUACACAGUCUGUCCCCAAGAGCAAUAACUGACUUCUCCACCAUACUUUUUGAAAACCUAAAUUGGGGCACGCAAAAGCCAUUGACAUAACCUAGUUGAUUUGCUUAUUGCUUAUAUAACUGGUGGAAACGUUUAUUUUUUUUUAAUGCAAUGGUGUGGGAUACAGUAUUACAGAACUAGUUUUUCUUCUGAGGUAUGGGUGUAUUUAAAGAAUUAAAGAACAAUGUGUUAUGUUUUGUUUUAUAAUAAAUUAAUUAUUAUGUACAUAUAUUUUUGCCUGGCUUAUUGUAGUCUUGUUAUAAAACGCUGUUGGGUGGAUUAAAUUAAAACUUGCUAUAGACAACCACUAGUUAAGUUUAAAUAAAUUCAAUUAACAGUUUUGACACUGGUCGUUUGGAGCAGAUGGAAUUUAAUCCAUCAUUUAAAUAUUAAAAAUAGGUCAAAACCUAGAGUUUUACUUACUUUUGAAGACAGAAAUAAUCAGAUAUGUCACAUUCACUCUCAUGUGUUGCUUUUUGCAAAGUCCUUUCUUUUAAAGAUGUAAAGUGUUGCAGAACACUAAAGUUUACAUGAAAAGCAUUACGUUGCCUUUGCUGUGCACAGCGUUAGAUUUUUAAGCAUGUUGCUUGAUAAUUCCACAUCAUGGGUAAAUCAACUGGCAAUACAUUUCCCAGCAGUUACUCAGGAGCGCUCACCAGGAGAAAUGUCUUCUAAGGAUCGCAAUUGCUGCGAUGUGGACAGCACGGGAUACAGCAAAGGUAAAGUACACAUUGCAGGAGGUUCUGCGCAGCUGCAAAAUGUCGAUCCACUAGUGUUUAGAUAAAAUGAAUGCAUUUCAGUGUCCCACAACAGACUUUCCUUGUGCUGGUAUGUUAAGCAAUAACCAGAAAACAAAUUGAUUUCAUCCAACUCUUUCAGAUGAAGGUUACCAUACUCACAAUACCUUAAACUUGGCUGGCAUCUACAAGUGAGAAUAACCACUUCUCUAAGAACCUGAUUGACUGGGACAGUCUUUGAGGUCUAUAAUAGGCAGCUUAAGAAUGUCAGCAAAGGAGAUCAAGUAAGCCUCCAGUCAAGAACAUGUUGGCUCAUUAUAAAGUAUGUUGCCAUUGUUGAUCUAGCAUAGAGAAAUUACAUGUUUAAAAAAAGAAAAACACCCUAAAGCCUGAAACAUGGCAGUAGAUUAAUUUCUCCUAAAGCAACAUUGGUCUAGCAGUCAAGAAGUAUAAGAUCAGAUGUUGCACACACACUGUCACAGAGCAAAUUAAGGGAACAGAUUCACAGCAGAAGGGUUUUAGUUGUCAUAACUGCUAAAUGAGGCUGUUAACACUGGUAUGCCAUCCCAUCCCUCCGCAGCAAUCAAAGCCACUUUUCAUAUGAUUAAUAUCCAGUAAAAAUAUCUGGGUUUAUAGAAAAUCCAAAUGUAAACAAACUCUGCUAAGGGAUGACAAGCCUAGACUUCAAGACAUUUCAAAACAAUAUUAUUUUUAUUGUCUAAGAAUUUGUUGGGACAUUUUUAGCUUUAAUAUGUAAUCCUAACAAAUUAGAAUGUGAAGGAAAGAAUGACUGGAAAAUGUGAGACAUGAGCCUAGUGACAGUAAUGCCUUUGAGAACUGCAAUAAUAAUAAUAAAUAGAAAUGGUUGUUUUCGGGAUCAUGUAGUGCUAAUAUCUGCAGGUCUGUGUGAGAGAGUCUGGGUGUCUAAAUGUAUGUGGGCAUUUAAUUUGCCCUAUUCACAAGCUUUAGACAGCUGGUUUCACAGAUUCUAAUGUGCACUGCUCUAAUGUUCUGUUAGGUAGGGUAAACCAAGACUAGUGCAAAUCAGGGUAGCAAAGUCAGCAAGAAAUGCAUAGCAUUGCCAUUGGUGUGUCCUGUGUUGUCCAUAUUGCAGCGUAAUAUUUUUAAACAUAGUGCCAGCAGGGGGGAAAAAAAAGCAUCUAAGGAUAUCAGUGUAUCCAGAUCACACUCCCUCCUGCAACAAGGCUGGUUUUCUGUUCCCACAUUAGGCACUCAUUUCAAUCCAAGCACCAGCAGUGUUGAAGGAGGGAUUGUGUACUGAAUAUAGUGCGAGGUAGAGUAAGGGUUUUCUUCCGAGCACUGCAGGGGAUUCUUUAACACUUGACCUAUUUAAAUAAGUGUUAUUUUAAUGGCUGAUAAAUCAAAUAGUUUGUUUUUCAUAAAGACAGCUGAUCAUGAUCUCAGGCACCAAGACAUUUUCCAUGAACCAAAGGCCUUGAUCGGUUUGGAUUUCCUGGGACGCUGCAGACAUGUGCCCUUUCUUGUGUAGGAGUGUAUGCAAUAAAAAAAAAAAAAAGAAACAUUGCGUGUGUUGCUUCUUCUACUACUAUUUACAGCUUGUGUCGAUUUUAAUAUACAGAUCAAAGUCUUUGUAGACCGCUUGUGCUUGUAUAAAGAUUAUUCAUUUUCAUGAUCAUUAUAGACAGCUAGUCUGUAAUACAGACUAUUAGAGUGGUUUAAACAUUUAGAAUCAGCUGAAUUUUGUAGUGGACUAAUUGAAGGUAUUUUUAAUUACUGCCCACUCCCCGCACAUGUAGCAUGUAUUACACUGGACAGAAUCCCUACAAAUUAUCCAAUUUUAAAUUCUGCAGAGCAUAAUAAUGAAAUUGGACAGUGACCAACACAGUUUAUAUUGAUAUCCAUGAACUUGCAGUUACCAGUUGAGCAUAAGACACAUUACUGUUUGAUUAUUUGUAUGUGUGUGUGUGCUUGAAUAUCAGUGUCUGAGGCAUAUGUAUUGUAUGCUCUACAUAUCAACAGUCCUGUUCACCAAAUGUAUAUACUAAAUGUUUUGUCCAGGACAUUGAAUAUAAAAUACACUGAUUAUUGUAUGGAAAUAAAUUUGGAAAU